CGUUAACAGGAAAGUAAUCUACUGUCACUUAUAUGUCAAGCUACGUAUUAGACGUUGCUGCAAAAGACAUUGCUUCAAAAUUCUUUCACUGCUUUAUAGUACAAGAAAACAGAAUGGUCAAAAAAUUCGUGUUUUCCUUUGUUCUGUUGUCAGUGUUUACAGUAGUUACAUCUGAGUACUUGUUGUGCAAAAGAGUAGAUCAGGUUUUCAGAUCAACCAACCUGCAAACAAGUGCUAACUCAACAAAAAUUAGGGGACCGAGAGGUCGACCUGGAAAACAAGGUCCUACUGGGCCAAGAGGACCACCUGGCCCUGAAGGUCCACAAGCCAUGCUCGACUGGGGAAGAGUGGAACAAACAAUAGUGCAAGUGAUUGAAAAUUACACUAGAUGCACAGGGGUGAGAUACGGCAAUCGAUGCAUACGAUUGCUCUACACAGCUGGGUAUAAAACAACUAAAGCACAAUCAGAAAGCCUUUGUCGUUUCCACGGUGGUCAACUGAUAGACAUAGAAAAUGAAGAGAUGUAUGACUUGGUUUAUAACUACAUAAAGAGAACAUGGAACGCCUAUAUAACUGAUGAUUACGAUUUCGUGGACGUUUGGCUGGCUUCGACUUAUGAGGGUGGUGUUGUCAGGAUGCUGAACGGUGAAGUCGGUUUUGCGAGAUGGCACAACGCGGGUUAUCCAAACCCAGUAUAUACAGCAAUGAUUUUAGAAGUCGCAAUAAAAGCGAGCAGACCACCUCGAUACACUGGAAUGUUCAAUCAGCCGUCAAGUUUUGUGAGGCCAGUGCCGCUGUGUUCGUUUGAACUAUAA